AGAGGUUGCCCGAGGCCGGUAGGCGGCGCCCCCGGUCGCGUCCCUCCCCUCAUCCCGGCCCGGCCCGCGGGAUCGCGGCGGCGGAUUGCGGGAUAUUCUUUCCCUGGCCCGGCCUCGUCCCGGGGGCUGCCGGGCGGAGCUCCAGGAUGUGGAAGCUGGUGCCCGCUUCGGGAAAAGGAGAGCCAUAUCGGCUUUUAAGUGGUGUAGAAUAUGUUGUUGGACGCAAAAACUGCACCAUUUUAAUUCAGGAUGAUCAGUCCAUCAGCCGCAGCCAUGCAGUUCUGACCGUGAGUCGGCCUGAAACAAGCUCUAGUCAGUCUCUCUCAGUACCUAUAUUAACAGUAAGAGAUACAUCUAAGUAUGGUACCUUUGUUAAUGGAUCAAAACUCAAUGGUGCUUCAGUGUCUUUGCAGUCUGGUGACAGAAUCAACUUUGGAGUCUUUGAGAGCAAGUUUAGAGUGGAAUAUGACCCUUUGGUUGUCUGCUCCUCAUGUUUAGAUGUAACUCAGAAAAAUGCUUUAAAUCAAGCCAUCCAGCAGCUUGGAGGCCUUGUAGUGAAUGAAUGGACAAGAGAAUGUACCCACCUUGUAAUGGUAUCAGUAAAAGUUACUGUUAAGACUAUAUGUGCUUUGAUAUGUGCUCGACCAAUUAUAAAACCAGAGUUUUUUUCUGAAUUAAUCAAGGCUAUUCAGUCAAGGCAACAGUUGCCAAAUCAUGAAAGCUUUUAUCCUCCAGUUGAUGAGCCUUCCAUUGACAGCGAAAACCUGGAUUUAUCUGAGCAUCAUGAAAGGAAAAAAAUAUUCAGUGGAAAAACUUUUGUAUUUCUAACUGCCAAGCAGCACAAGAAACUGGGUCCAGCAGUUGUUCUUGGAGGAGGGGAUGUAAAGCUGAUGACAGAAGGAAGAAAAGAAAUGUCUUUACUACUUUCUCCUGAAGUUUGUGUAGUUGAUGUGGGUUUGACAAACUCUCAGAUCUCAGGAUCUGUCUCUAUGACAAACUGGACUGAUUCCAUUCUGACUGUCUUGGAAAGCAAGAAUCUUAGGGCUAUUCCAGAGGCAGAAAUUGGAUUGGCAGUUAUCUUCAUGUCUACAGAAAAAUACUGCAACCCUCAAAAACAGCCUGCUUCCAAAGGUCUUGCAGCUGUGGCUGAAAGUUCUCCUGCAUCAGGCGUCGUGGGCCGAGCCAUUUCCCAGAGUGUGGCUGUGGAUGAGACCAUCAUGCCAACUGCUGCAGAGAGCAGCACCUUCUACAUAGCUGAUACAGAGGAGCUGACAUGCAUGGAGACAGAGAAUACUUCCCAGGUGCAUAGACAAAGGAAAAUGGCUUUCCAGGAUACACCUGCCAUAAAAAAAAACAGUGGCACAAGUGACAGUGAAAAUGCAGGAACAUCACUACCUAGAGGGAGCAGAACGUCUGGGUUCAGUCAAAAAAGCCAGCCUGUCUCACCAUCUAAAAUUGCAGAAGCUGGCAAACCUCGUGAGACUGCUUCACGUCACCAGUCAAACUCAAUUACAAAUUACUUCCAGGUUUCUAGAAAAAGGGAAAGAUCUGAAGAGGAAGAAACAUCUGUACCCAAACUAGCAAAAUUGGAGGAAAGGUCAUCACCUCUUCCCAAGUGCACUGAAUCCACAACUCUGUCAACCUGCAACAGUGAAGCAAAACAGCAUCAAAAGAAAAAUAACAUCCUGGACCCAAACCCAAAUUGUGCAGAGGACGUGGGUAUAAAGCUUAUGAGGGAAUCUGUCAAAGUAACAAGUGAUAGAACAGACACGAAAACCACCUCUAGUGAAAAUCAUGCACCAAAAAAGAGAAAGGAAUUAGAUGAUUUAUCUGAAGAAAAAGAAGCACUAGAAAUUGUGUUUGAAAGCAGAGACAUAGACUGGGAAGAUCAAGUGGCAGAUCAUGACCAGGAUGUUCAAGGAAAUACACGAAAAAAACGAUGUUUGGAAGACAAAGGAAGCAGGAUUCAAGAAGUGAAUGUAAAGCAGAGAGAGGAGAGUAAAGUAUUGAAAGAAGAGGAACUUGGAUCAAUUCUAACUUCAGAAAUGAAAAGUAAUAUCAAGCAAGAGUCACCGGUCUUGAACCACAGCGAAGUGCCAGAUGACUCCAGCAAUCUUCCUAGCAGGCUUCUGUUGACAGAGUUUAGAUCACUGGUUGUCAGCCAUCCAAGACAGAACAGUCAUCUUCCUGGAAAUGCCAGCUAUGGGGGAAAGAAAAAUUUCAAAAUGUUCAAAAAGGUAGCUUACCCUGGGGCAGGACAACUUCCACACAUUAUUGGAGGAUCAGAUUUGAUUGCUCACUGUGCUAAAAAGAAUUCAGAGCUAGAAGACUGGUUAAGGCAAGAAAUGGAGGAGCAGGACCGACAUGCAAGAGAAGAAUCACUUGCUGAUGAUCUCUUUAGAUAUGAUCCUAAUGUGAAAAGAAGAAGAUAAAUUGUGACCUGGAUUUACAGUAUUUCUCUGGCAAAACCUGCUUUCUGUUCCUUAGGUUUCCUGGUUACAGUGUGUAUGAUGAUCCUAUAGAUGACCAUUUGAAUAUCUCUUAUUGUAAGACAUGUUUUCUAAGUCUUGCUUUUAUUAAAGAAAAAGAAAAGUUCCUUUCA